UAGCCAUCCACUCCAUGAUGAUACCGCAUUCUGUUUCCUUGUCCGCUUUGACGAAGCCACUGUACAGAAUGAGUUGCUUGAAAGCUGGUCAAUUGCGCCUCAAGGUCGCCGAUUUGAAUAUUGCGCCAUCCUACCCCGCUAUGACCGCUUCUGAUCAUCUCAAACAGAAGCUGUGAUAGCUCAGGCCAACUCCUCAAUGCAGGCGUGGCAGGCUUGGAAGGGACGGCCUCUGCAUAUAAGAGCUCCGUAGCCACGAUGGCAUUCAAAAUGACAUUCACUUGAAUACUAAUUGCAGUCUACUAUACCCUAGUCCGCGGUCGUACCUAUACUUCCCUUCCAACUUUUAGCCAGCCAGAACAGGAUGUCUUCCCAGGGCGAGCAGAACCUUGUCGAAGGAAAUCCGCAGUACGCAGCGCAAUUCACGCAGGGCGACCUCGCACUCCCUCCUAGCCAGAAAUAUGCGAUCUUAACCUGCAUGGACGCCCGUAUCGAUCCAACAUCCGCGUUCGCGAUUCCUCUGGGUGCUGCGCACGUCAUACGCAACGCCGGCGCAUCCGCGCGUGACGCCUUCCGCUCUCUCGUCAUAUCACAGCAGCUUCUAGGGACCACAGAAGUACUUAUCGUGAAGCACACUGGCUGCGGAAUGCUCACAUUCGACGAUGCAACGGCGCGCGACUUGGUCAGGAAGAACAAAGGCGAUAAGGCGGCGCGACAGGUCGAGAACCUUGAUUUCUUGACCUUUCCUGACCUAGAGAAGGCGGUUAAGGAGGACGUAGAAUGGCUAAGGGAACAAGCGGUUGAAGAAGGUGUGAGGGUGACAGGAUGGGUAUAUGAAGUCGAGACUGGCAAGGCCAGGCAGGUAGUUGCUGAUGUCGGACAACCUGCUGGACUCUGGAAGCCAAAUCAUUAGGCAAACGUCCGCGCUGUAUAUUAAUUAUUAGAACGCUCGCUAGAUGUACUCCGCAGCGUCUUCAAAUGUACAAAAAUAGUGGAUUAAUGAUGGUAGGAGACUAUGGAGACCGUUCGAUAAUCUCGACCGUUGUCUGUUCUGGCCUGAUCUGCGUCAUACAUCCGUCCUCAGAUAUUCCCCUUUUCUCCGUCCAUGUCAUGCAAAGUAAAG